AGGAGAAGACAUCAAAGCACUUCUCCUUCAAUCAAUUCUACAGAUCAAUCCUUAGGGCUUUGAUUGGGUUCUUUCGGAUCGGAGGAAAAGCGAACCGGAUCAACGAUGUUCUUGGUAGAUUGGUUCUAUGGAAUUCUGGCAACCCUUGGUUUAUGGCAGAAGGAGGCUAAGAUCUUGUUUUUGGGUCUCGAUAAUGCCGGAAAGACCACCUUGCUCCAUAUGUUGAAAGAUGAGAGAUUGGUUCAACAUCAGCCAACACAAUACCCAACGUCAGAGGAGCUUAGUAUUGGAAAGAUCAAGUUCAAAGCAUUUGACUUGGGUGGUCAUCAGAUUGCUCGCCGUGUUUGGAAAGAUUAUUAUGCUAAGGUGGAUGCUGUUGUAUACUUGGUGGAUUCUUAUGACAAAGAAAGGUUCGCCGAGUCUAAGAAAGAGUUGGAUGCUCUCCUCUCUGACGAGUCCUUGGCCACUGUGCCAUUUCUUAUAUUGGGUAACAAGAUAGACAUCCCUUAUGCUGCCUCAGAAGAUGAACUGCGUUACCAUUUGGGGCUAACAGGCGUCACCACUGGCAAGGGGAAGGUAAACCUGGCAGAGUCCAAUGUCCGUCCACUUGAGGUGUUCAUGUGCAGCAUAGUCCGCAAAAUGGGUUAUGGGGAAGGCUUCAGGUGGAUGUCUCAGUACAUCAAGUAAUCAUCCUAGGGAGUGAGAUUUGUUAUUCUGUUUUAAGUCUUAUUUUUGUACUGGAUAAGUUGAAGAUGUCUGUUUAUCUCUAUGGGCUAAAUAGUUUCGGUUUUUUCCCCAGGUUUUCAGUGAAACAGUUAAAAACAGUGUUCUAUUAUAUAUGUCUAGUCUACAUUUUUCUUUUCA